AUGAAUUGGACUUUAUUGAUUGCAGCUUAUGGUCAAGAAGGCCUCUCUAACAAAGUUAUUCGAUUGUUCCGUGAAAUGGAUAGAGAAGAAAAACAUGAUGAAAUAGAAAGAGGAAGUGAAGCGGACAAAGAACAUGAGAGAAAGAGGGGUUGGGAGGUGCGUUUGAUAAAAAAUGAGAGGAAAAUUUCCUCUAGGUUUGUUGUUGGACCUUAG